ACAGCUACCUUUCAGACGAAGCUGGGCCAAGGAUGUUUACUUCAUGCUUUUAUCGUAUGGCAGCCUAAUGACACUUAAUUGCUUCAUUUGCUAAACGAGCUUGGGGCUGGGGACCGAUGCAGCUCGACUCGAUUCGACGUGCCAGCCCCAGACUGGAACUGUAGCAAAGAGACAGAGGAGAGGGUGGUAGAGACAGGAUCAGUAGAGGCGAGUAUAUGAACAUAGAAAAUACAGGAUUAGAGCAGUUCCCUCUGUGUGAGUUGCAUCAUUUUCAGUGGAGACACAGCAGAUAGUGGACUGCACCAUUAGAGACUCAUUUGACUUGGAAAGAAGGUGUUAAUUUUCAUUAGCUUUCUUGUAGAGGAAAGGGAGGUUUUUAGGUUAGUAUAGAAAAACUUAAGAAAAGAUGUGUCAAAGGAAAAUGGCUGUAAAUCCAAGUUAAGUAGACAAUGGAGUAGUAGGACAAGUGGUUUUGGAAGUCUUGAACGGUUGAGUAGAGAGAGCUAAGUAGAAUUUAGAUUCUUUCUUCUUUCUUGGAGCUUUUUAGUUAAAAAGAAUUACACCAAGCAACGGUGACGAGAGAAUAAAGGGUGUGAAAAUGGAACACUAACGUUUUGAGUUAGAGAGGAAAAGAAGAUUUGAAAAGUAGAGCAGGACAGAAAGCAGUAGAGCAGAAACUAGAAUAAAGUGGACUUUGAAUCAAGCCAUGGAGUUGCUUGAGGUGUUUUACCGCAGGAAGCUCCGGAAGAAGCAGAAAAAAGCGGAGCUGGGCCGGUCAGAUGGGGCAUUAUGUCGGUCGCCGUCAGAGGCCAGCGUCAACAGCCUGGCGACUGGUCUCAUCUCCAAAGUCCUCAGGUUCACCUCCAGACGCAGUCAGCCAGCAUCUCGUCCUCAUUCAUGGCAUUCAACGAAGCUUGGUGAGGUUCAGCAGGAGUCAGAACAGGAAAAGAUGGAAACAAUGAGCAGCGCCUGCCACCACACCUAUCACACCAGUGCUUCGACUACUGACCUGGCUGGUGGCUUUGACUCCGGUGGCAGCUCUCUGAGGAAGAGUCCGGACCAGUACAGCUCUAGGGGCAGCAUGGAGAGCCUGGACCCUCCCCAGUCCUCCCAGCUUCACUCUGGAGCUCAGCACCACCACCUACUUGGCCACCAUACCUACAGUGGGCCCCACCCCACCUACUCCUCCUGCCACCAGCUGUCCUCUGCCAGAUCCUCAAACAGCAUCGACCACCUCCACAGCAAACGAGACUCUGCCUAUUCCUCCUUCUCCACCAGUUCCAGUAUCCCAGAGUACCUUGCCUCCACACCCUCCUUCAGCCCAGAGCGCUCCUUUUCACUAGAGACCGUCCCUCAGAGAGGAGGGGGAAGUGGUGAGAUGCAGCAGGCUGACAUCCAUUACAUCCGGACAGUUUACGAUGCCCAGCAGGGCCUAUCUCAAGAGCAUGAGCUAAAUUCCACCUCUGCUGCGUUGCUACACAACUGCGAUUCCCGAGGUGGGGGUGGGGCAAGGCCCGGGCUGAGCCAAGAUGUGAAAGGUUCAUUAGGUGGGGUCUGUUACCGUGGAAGCAGCAGCGGCAGCAGCAGUGGUGGCAGCAGUGGUGGUGUGCCAGCUUCAAACAGACACAGUGUCGGUCCAAUAUGGAGCCCGGCAGCUACCCGCAGCUCCUAUGAAAGCUUGAAGGGGGUGCCAGCUCCACCAAGGCGCAGCGACAGCUACGCAGCCAUCAGGAACCACGAAAGACCAAACUCUUGGUCCAGUCUGGAGCAUGCCCGGUCACUACGGUCUCUGCAGAAAGGUUCCUGGCAUCACUCAAGUGGCCCUGUGACCUCAGGUGCAGCUAAAGGCUCAUAUGGCACAGAGUGUCAGCUCCACACAGUGAUAGAGAAGAGUCCAGAGAGCAGCCCCACCACAAAACCCCGGCAGGGUGGAGGUUUUCCCCAGCCCCUUUCACCUCCUGAACCCUCUACUGGACCUGGAGGCCCCACCACCCAGUCCGGCUGGCUCAUUUUUCCCACGGGGGUGUACCCUGUCCCCCAGCCUGAGCCCCACUACGCACAGAUGCCCAGCUCCAACCCUGGGGCAGGUUCCUCUGCAGUCUAUCCCGCCCUUGCCAAGGAAAGCAGCCGACAGCAGCACCAGGGGCUGCAGGGAUUUGGAGGGAAGGAUGAAGGAUGGACAGAGGGUCACAAGGAUGGAAAGAUAUCAGUUACAGAAAAUGGACACCAAAAUGACAUUUCUACUUCACCAUACCUGCACUCCCCGACAUCUGCCUCUUCACAGCUCAGGACUCAAGCACACGAGGCAGAGAGGCCUCAACAGGAAGAGUCUCACCAUGGACACUACAAAUCCCACAUGAAAACUGCUGGAGGGCGAUCAGAGGGUCAGACAGGGUCCCAAAGACCCAACCACCAGGAACCUCACAGUCAGAGCUUCCAAGGGUCCUAUACUCAUAAAAGCCAGGGACCCCACAGCCAUGCAUUCCAGGAACAAAACCACGGUUUCCAUAUUCCCCACAUCCAAUCCACCCGUGGACCCAGGCCCCUAUCAUCACACGAGUGGAGGGACCCCUACACACCUGUCCCGUCCAGGGGAGACAGGAGCAGAUCACUGGACCAGACCACCAUUCAUUCAGACCCAGUGGCGUUCUCCAGGCCCACCCAGGGACAAGUACUACCUACCCACUUAUCAGUACACCCUCAGCCUCAGGCUCAACCCACCUCCGCUUCCCAGACUUCUCCCUGUCACCUAAGUGAAACAGCAGCUCUGCAGUACCACCAAUGGGAUCACAGAGAACGAGGCAAAGACAGAGAACACCCACUUACCCGUUUGGAAAUCGCCCUUGCAGAGGUCCAGCAAUGCACCAUCUCUGACAGUGCGGUCUCUGGCAGUAACCAUGGCAACAGUAGCCUAGCUGAUGGCAGCCAGGGGCCUGCCCGUAGCCUGUCUGUCUUGGAGAAAGUGAGUCGUUUUGAGCGCCAGGAACGUGCCGGAAAGCUGCGUUGUCACAGCACAAACAACGCACACAACAAAGCCACUCAACUGAGGAUGAGUGAGAAAGGCCACAGCACCCCCUGUGGAGCAGAUGACCUGAGAAACAUGCUGGAGAAAAGCACCAAUGGGACCAAAGCCCACAGAACUCUGAGCUACAGAGGAGGGAGCAGUGACCACAUGAAAUACAGGACCCCAACAGAUCCCAGUUCAGCUCUCCAAAGGAGUCGCAGCAGCUUCCAGCUGGAUGAAUCCAGUGACAGCAGCAAAGACUUCCCCCAGAGACAGGACAUGCAGGAGAUGCUAGGCUCCAUGCAGGAUACAUCCUCCAACAGAUCUUACAGGGAAUCUUUGAAAGACGCCCAGUCAAAGGUCCUGCGGUCCACCUCCUUCAGACGGAGAGACCUCAGCUCCUCAGUCAGCCCUCCUCCUGCAGCUCCUCCUCCUGUGUCCUCCCCCAGCAGCCAUCAGCCUCCACCUGUCCCUGGCAAGCUUUACUCCCUGGAGAAAAAAGGCCCCAAAACUAUGCCAAAACCACAGGGCAUCAUCAUAACAGCAAAGUCGCCACCACUGGUCACUUCCCCUCACACCCCAAAGGAGCGACAUGUGGUUAGCCCGGAGAUUCGAGGCACGAGCCCCCCAGCUCUCCCCAGCAUUCCGGCAGUGGGACCUCCUGCUCUGAUUCGGAUUUGCGGCCGCAAGCGCCUGGCGGCAGACCAAAAGAAGCGCUCGUACUCAGAGCCAGAAAACAUGAAUGAGGUUGGGGUUUCAGACACUGAGACUGCUGCCCUCUUCAGGCGUGGAGGAGAGACCAGUGUGGCAGACCGGCGGAAGAUGUUUGAACUUGCAGCAAGUUGUGUCAGGGGUGGGCCUACCCAGAACGCCACGUCAAGGCCUGACCUACGACAGCUUCAGCAGGAUGCUCUUGCAGAGUACUUGGAGAGGAAGAGAGGUAUAAAGAGAGAUGAGGGAGGAAAGAGGAGUGGACCAAGGCCUCGCAGUGCUUAUCUACAACCUGAGAACAGCAACCAUACAGAAACCCUCAGCCUCUCCUCUGCCUCCAGCCUGCUUUCCCUCCAGGACUCUGGCUCAGAAAGAAACUUCUAUUGGGAGAGGCGUCUCUGCUCCACUCUUCCUUCUGGAGCCAACCUGCGCAACCUCCAGUCCAACAUCUUCUACCCUGGUAGGGUGACAACUCCAAGGCCUCCAGCGCACCCACCACACAGUGCUCCUCCUGGCUCCCCUCCUGAGAUCCAGGCCAAGAUCCUCCAGGGUCAUACCCCAGAAGCAGGUCUCAGCAGACACAGUCAAUCUUUGAGCAGAGACCCAGGCCUGCCACACCAGCAGCAGGAUGCAGAGUCUCAACUCAGCCUGGGACUGUCCAAGCAGCUGAAUGGGGCUCUGCAGAGGGCAUGGUCUGAUCAGAGCUCCGGGAAAUCGACAUCUGCUGAGGAUCUCCUGGAACGAUCUGAGGAGAGACAGACGAGUCCGCAACACUACCGCUCCUGCUCUUCCCCAGCUGUGGAAGCACUAAACCAGGACUUCCGUCCAGGUGAUAUCAGGAUGCUUGGUGUGUUCAUGCCUGAACCAGGAUGCUGGCGUCAAGCUGAGGACAGACCUGUAGAUAUCCAGGUGUCAGGGAGCCUUGUCUCUCCUCAACCAUCCCAGAACAGUCUGAACACCGUCCAGCCUGAAGGACCUUUUCAAGACCCAGGCUCCUCCUUCAUUCCUGUGACUCGUAGAGAGCGGCAAAGGAACAUCGAUCGCCAGCGAGCCCACAGCACCUCCACCUUGGCAGCCUCUGUUGGCCUGCCCUGCCCCUUCUUCCCACCUGGGACUCAGGAUGGUAGUGGCACUGAUUGGCAAGCUAGCGAGAGAUUGAGCCUGGCCAACCUUGGUGCCAUCACCUUCCCAGGCAUACCGCAAACCAGCGCAGGUGAUAGUGAUGGCAGUAAGGGCGCUGCUGUCAACACCACUAGCUUUGAUGAAACCCUUGUGAUGUACAGACAAACAAGGCACAGUUUGAGUGAUGCCAGCAUAUUAGAAAACACUGAAAAGGAGAUGUAUAGAGGGAGAGCCUACAGUCUAGAGAUGAGAGGAGGGCAUUCUGCAGAAAACCCCAAACAAGUUUCAGCAGUGAUGGCAACACCCCUGUCCCAUUCCCAGCUUGCACCCCCACCAGACAGGAAGGAAAGGAACUCUGUGUCAUCUCCUUCCCCAACAUCCCUAUCAUCCAUCCGCCACCUGUCCUCACUGCGAAUCUCUGAGUCCCGUCUCUUCAGCUCCACUGACCAGCAGCAACCUUUAGAAACCUCCACAGGUCUAUCACAGGAGGACUUUGAUGAGGUAUUCCUCCAAAAUCCUGCCUCUCUGUCACCUCCUCCACCAAGUAUCAUGGAGGACUUUCCUCCUCCUCUUCCUCCUCCUCCUCCCUUUGAGUUGGAGCAAGAAACUGGAAACCAGUCUGUGGAAAGUCCAAGUUCUGAAUUCUUAAACAACUCCAGCAUUCCCACCAGAGAGUCAUCCCUUCCCAUCCCUCCAACAUCCAUUUCCUCCUCUGUUUUCCCUCCGCCUGUGCUCUCCACCAUCAGCACAUUUACCACAACUGAGGACAGCCUAGGUUUUGAGUACCAGCCCCUUCCUAAGAGGGAAAAGACAUCUGAGGAGCUGCAAGUGGAGGCGCUGGCUCGGCAGCUGGUGUUGCAGGACAGCUCUCUGGUGCCCCUCCUGGACACAUGGGGGGCUAAAUCCACUGUUGAGCUGAUGGAGGAGAUCUUUCCAAACAGUAAAUUAGCUGAUAAAUCACAAUGGCAGCACAGGGGCAGGAUCCAAGAUGGCAUCUGCAAUUCUGCUCCAAGGGCAGCAACGGAUGGAGGGACAGUGACCAAUUUGGAUGAGGUUGAGAAAGACCUCAACACCAGAAAGGUGGAGCUGUGUGAGGCUCUGAGGAAUAGUGUGGACGCUCUGCAGCAGGAGAAGGAGGUAUUGUGUGAGGAGCAAAGGCAUCACCAGGCGCUGGGGGCAGCCAUCGAAACAUUGGUACAGGAACGCCUCAAAACCAAUGAGAGGGACAAGUACAGCAUGUUCAUCGGAGAUCUGGAGAAAAUUGUAAACCUGCUGCUGUCUCUGUGCAGCCGGCUGUCGAGGAUUGACAGAUCUCUGCUCGCUCUGGAAAGAGAGGAGCUGACACAGGAAAACACAGCAGAGGAGAGGCCACUUUAUGGGCUUUCUCCUCCUCCUCAGGACUCCCUCCAUCACAAACGCUGUCUGCUCCUCCGUCAAACUGAAGAUGCCUGGGAGCUGAAGGAGAACUUGGACAAGAGGCAGCGGGUGGUCCAUGCCAUCCUGUCUGGCCACCUCACUGAACCACAGCUCCAGGACUACCGCCAGUUCGUCAGCACCAAACCCUCCUUUCUGAUUCGCAGACGGCACUUGGAAGACCUUAUACGGCAGGGGGAGGAGCAGCUGACACGGUUGGCAGAAAGCCUGCCAGCCAAGCUGGUAGAGGCUCAUGGUUGGUCGAGAUCCUAUCCGUUCUUAUUGCCAACCCCUGUGCCCUGCUCUUCUCCAUUUCCACCACUGCUUCAACAAUCUGUGAUGCCAGGUCCUGUCCCCUCAGUCAGGUCCACCACUGUGACAUCACUGUGAUGUCAUGGACAUGCCACUGCUACAGGUCGCAGUGAAAGAUGGGAAAUGAAGAAAAGAUGCUUGGCUCCCUAAAAAUGCUCUCUAAGCUUGAGUGAUGCUCUAAGCUGAAGAUGUAUUACAUGAAGGAAGAGCCUAAAUUGGGUUCUGUCCACACUGAAACAACUAUGCAGGAUUCAUACAUGAAGAACAAAAGCCUCUAAUGUGCCUCGUUGUACUCACACCUGACUGUAUAUUACACCUUUAUUCACCUCAACAUCAACAAUCAGCGCAGUGAGGACUCAAACCAGCUGCUGCAGAUGUUUCUAAUUAUCCUCUGCUCUGAAAGGUGAUUUUUUUUUGUUUGUCACGUUGGAAGUUCCCAAGAAGGUUAAUUGUCAAAGCUUUAUAGGACAAUUCUAGUGUUACAGGUACCUACCAGGAAUUUCCAACUCUUUUGUUCAAAAUACAUGAUAUAUUUGCUUUCAGUGUUUAAAUAUUCCUUGCAGUAAAGCCAAGAAAAAUCAGCUUCAAAUUAUGUUCAUUUUGCCAGAUAAAUUAGAAAUACCCUACAUUAAAUAUUAUCAAGGGCCACCCACCAAGGUAGCACCAGGUCCGGGGAAUCCUCCACAGAAGACGGUUUAAAAGUAGGUUAGAAGGAAACCAGAGUUAAUAGUAGAAAUGCUUUGUAAAAAAGUCCUAGACACACUGGAUUUGUCUUUGAACAACCCUUACGGUGCUUUCAGGAAUUUAAAACAUUCAGUUGUCAUCUCUCAUAGACAAAAUACUAUCAUCUGUAAAAUAUUGUCAUCUUGAGAAAACUAUUCAGUGAUUUUCACCAGAACUGCUCAGCUUUCGCACAUGUACAGUCAAUUUACAAAAAUUGAUUAACACCAAAAUUGGAGGGAGACUGCCACUAACAAUUCUAUGCACAGAUCCAGGGAACCAUUUUAAGAAAACUGUUAUGAUCACUGUCACAUCAUAUUGUAACACUACUACUGCACUACUGUCUGUAUAUCUGGAGCUUGUAGCAAUUUUAGCCUUUUGACUACUGUUUGAAGCUGAAUUUACACUGAAUCAUAAACAUUGUUCUGUUAUUCCUCUUCAAAAGUUUCCUGUGAUUGAACAUUGGAUGUUCCAAAAAAGGAAUUUUUCAAUACCUAAAUUGGAAAUAUUUUCAGAGUUUAAUUUUGCAUUUUAAUGCUUGUUGGUCCAAAAACUGAUUAUUUUAUGUUCCUGUUGUUCAGUAUUGCAGUUGUGGCUCUUGUAACAUGCUGAACAAUUACUUUCAUUAAUAACAGAAAUAGAACAUUUACCAAACCUAAAAAUAUUUAUUUUUAUUAUAAUUCUUUUUUAAUUUUGAUUACAUGAAACACAGACAAUAAGCCUGUACUCAAACUUGAGAAGAUGGAACCAGCAAAUAUUAUGAUUGGUAAAUAAUGUAAACAACUAAUCAAUCAUUAAAAUUACUGAUAAAUAUACUGCUGAUCACAUAAUUAAACGAAUAAACCGGCCAGGUGUUCCGUGUGUGGUUAAAUGUCUCAGUUGCACAUUGUAACACUGAGAGGAGUUCAACACUCCUUUUAUAAAAUUCUGCAUAUCAUAUCUGUUUCAGAAAAUAAUAGAACUUGAAAUUCUUCAUUUAAUCUCUGCCUGAAGGUUUGAGUCAGUCAAAUUAUUAGCACUUUGUCUGCUCUGCCAGUCGCCGUUUCAGUUACUGAUGUCAGUCUGUGUCAAGCUCAGAGAUAAGCCUGAUGACAUCACUUUAGCCCGUUUUCCAUCGGUCAAAAAACUCGCUAAGACCCGCUAACAUUGGGCUUUUGUCGGUAAUGAAAAAAGGUUCAAUUGUCAUUCACACCCGGGUAACAUGACUGCAGUAGACACAGGUAUUUAUCGGCUCCGAUUGGCAUUGAUGUAAACACAACAACCGGGUAAACCCGCUAAUUUUCACCCUUUUUCCUGCUGUAACGUCUUUCAGAGCACAGACUGUAGACAGAUCUGUCACCUGUCGAGCACGAUGCUGUUAAACCACAAACACUGCGGCUACACUGCACGGUGAUGAAAGAGUGAGCAAAAUAAGUUUUAAAAACACACAAUCACCGAUAGAAGCGUCUCACACAGAAGCUUUGACACAUUUACAGGAGCCCCAACCCAUGGAUGAAAUGUGACAGAUCUGUUUUAACAGUUUACACAGCUAUAUAGCAGCUCACUGUUCUUCCCCUGCGUCUGAGUGUGCUCUGUAAAUGCAUGUGAUGACGUCGCUCCUUGCAGUUGUGUGCGUAAAGUCCGAACAGAAAGACAAACUCGACUGGCAGUGGAAAAGGUGUCAAUCGGCUUUUAUUACCGGGUUUACAUGCUUGUACCCGCUAAUUUAGGUGGGAAUAGGGUAUAUGACAUCAUCAGUGUUAUUUUCUCCUCUAAAGCUACAGAAGACGUUAUACACCUGUUUUCACAGGCUCAGAAGCAUUAACAAUGACAGUGCCACUUCAUUGUUAUUUAAAUUGUCCUACUCAUGGAUUAUUAAUUGCAGUAUUUUUUGUGGUCAUGAAAAGUUAACAUUAACAAAAAUCAUUGUUUCCACCAAGGUGAAGUAUUUAUUUGUGUCUAAAUAAUACAUUUUGCAAAUAUGCGGUCAGAUGAAGUGCAGUAGAUAGGAAAAGGACAAAAGGUGCAACAUUCAAUUGUCAAAAACGAUAAAAUAUUACACAGCAUUCAACAACAAUAAUUUUGUGACGUCAUGUCUUAUUUAGAAUUUCUUGUCAUUGCCCUUAUUUGAUAGCGCACUGUUGUCCUCUCUGGGCUCCCACAGUUUUCUAAAGAACACAUUCUACUCACUCAAGUCUUUCAACUGCCAAUGAAAGAUCAGGUUUAUACACAUGUCACAUGUUUUAUAAAACAGUUUUGCCAUGUAGCAGGUGCCAUAAAGAAUAUAUGUUCUGGGGUAAAUAUUUAUUAUGUUAUUAACAGCUUCUCAAACAGAUUAAGUAUUGAUCAGUAGAGGGUUUUUUUUUUUUACCUGUUUUCACUCUUUAAGAGCACCUUUUAAAUAUUCUCCAAACAUAACAGCACACAAACAGCCUUAUGUCUUCAUUUAAACACAGAUUUUCGUUAUUGAUAUUGUAUUAUUCUUGUUAUUUUAAGAGGCACAACUGAAUAUCUCAAACAUGUCUUGGUUUAUGUUGAAUUAAAUUCAAUGUUUGCUUUGAAAGAAGGAUGAUUGUAAAACAGCUCCUGACUUUUGAAAAAUAAAUGUAUUUUGUAAAUGCUUUCA